UCGGGUCAUUUGCGCAUGACACAUCAUGAGAUAGCGCUGUUGUAACGUCCAGUGUGCUAGCUGCAAUGAAAGUACAUUGAAGAACAAUGAAGCUAGCAGGAGGCUAAUAAGUCAGUGUUAUUGUUUGUUCUAUAUUAUGUACAUAUUUAUGCCAUAUACACGGCAGGAAAAGAUCGUCUCAGUGCGUGAGAAGCUUCUCAAGCUAGCAUAGCUUGAUAGCUGCUAACAAAGAGAAGCGGAAGUGAUCGAAACAUCGCUAAGCGGAGGUCAAGUGUGAGUGUAAAGUGUUGUGAUUGCGUGAAAAUGUGUAAAGUACAAAUGCUGAGAGCGUUGGUGAACCAGCGACUAACUGCGGCUGUUGAAGAAAUAUUUGUAGUGUUGGAAAGAACGAUAGCAGAGUAUGAGGAAGAACUUUACCGAACAAAACAGGAGAACCAGCGACAACGUCAACUACUGGACGCUGUUUUCAAGAAGCCUCAAGAUGAACUACGCAGGGCAGAUGUCAGUGAAGAAGAUCUUCCCCUUGAGCAGCAGGAACGGAGUACCAGGGUGGAGCAGGAGGAGCCACAGACCCCCCACAUUAAAGAGGAAGAAGAGGAGGCUGAUAUCUCCAAGUUGCCAGUGAUUCGUGUCAUUGUGAAGAGUGAAGAUGAUGAAGACAAAGGAGAAAGUGAGGAGAUGAGAGAGGUUGAGCCUCCAAGCAGCAGCUCAACUCAACACAUGACAACAGAAGCUGAUGGAGACCACGGUGGAGGAUCACAAGCAGACGACUUCUUAGCUCCGCUAUCAGAUAGUGACGACACCACGUCACACUCUCCUGACACUGCUGAUGAAGGCUCCAAAGAUCCUAAAGAUGAUAUGACAUGUCACACUGACAACACAAACUUUAAAUGCUCGCAGUGUGACAAAACGUUUGUCAGCAAGAGAAAUCUGAAAAGACACAUGAGCAUCCACACAGCAGAGAAACCGUUCGAGUGUUCAGUUUGUGCCAAAAGAUUCCCUACAAAGGAACGUUUGACCGACCACAUGAGAACUCACGAAAAACGAUUCAUAUGCACAGUGUGCGGCAAAGGUUUUUCUGGAGGUCACCAUUUGAAAAGCCACACACGGACGCACACGGGGGAAAGACCGUUUGUCUGCUCAGUUUGUGGCCAAAGAUUCUCUCAAAAGUGCAGUUUGGACAAGCAUGCUGUCAUGCACACUGGAGAGAAAGCAUUCAGUUGUACAUUCUGUGGUCAGAAAUUCUGGCAGAAAGAGAUCGGUGAAGAAGGUCUUCCCCCUGAGCAGCAGGAGUGGAGCUCCACAGUGGAACAGGAGGAGCCACAGCCCCCACACAUUAAAGAAGGACAGGAGGAGCCAGAUCCCGCAUACAUUAAAGCAGAAGAGGAGGAGGAGCCAGAGCCCUCCCAUGUUAAAGAGGAAAAGCCAGAGGCUCCACUGAUUAAAGAGGAGGUAAGAGAGCCUACCCACAUUAAAAAGGAGGAGCCAAAACCACCCACGUUAAUAAAGAUGAGGAGUCAGAGCCCCACAGACAUUAAAGAAGAAGAGGAGGAGGUUGAUAUCUCCGUGUUCCAUUUGAUUUGUGUCCCUGUAAAGACUGAGGAUGCGUAACUUUGUUGAAUGCCGUCGCAAGGCCUGCGUGUGCACAUGAACAUGGGGGGUGCACAGGUUCCACUGAACACAAAACGAGAUGAAACUUGUGGAAGGUAAGUUUAAGAAGACGCAUGAGGAGCCACGCAGGAGAGAAACCAUUCAUGUGCUAAUUUGGCGCUGCGCAUUUCUCUCUGGUGGGAAAAUAUUUUCAUGUUCAGUGAGCAAGAGAUGUCUCGGCCCCCAGUGCAUAUCUGGUGGGUCAUGUGAAAACCUGAUGGCGAGCAUUUAGUUGAAGCUGCAGUGCUCAGAAUAAACUGUCAAGAGUUGGACUGCUGUCACUUGGAGAAUUACACAAAUGUGUCUCUAUCAAUCAGCGUGUUCAUCACAUGCAUGCAAAGCAAAACUGCCCUGUUUUUAUUUUGAAGCUUACUUUGCACUGAACAGGACGUUAAUGUGUGCACGAUUUAUGCCAAGUAACGAGACUAAAGGUAUGCUGCCUAGGAUCAUUGGAAUCAAAUUACAACUAUUAUUGUAUCUGUUUUGAUACGUCUAACUCAUUUUCUCACAGGUUUGUGUUAAGUGCAUGCCUCACCUCAUUUCUAAACAAUACAUCAAAUCUAAAAUAAUUCAGCUGUCAUUAAAUCUACAAUUAUUUUUUGA